UAAAGUGGCCGAUGAUGGCUCAGAAUCAGAACGGCUGUGAUCAGUGAUGUGAUGUGAUUUAUGUUCUUUUAUAAGAAAUAUCGCAAAUUUCUUAUACUUUAAAUCAGGAUUGUUAUCCGAAACAGCUGUAAACUCAACUCUGGUACUGUCAUUCUAAAAAAACUUCAAGUUUGACGCUUCUUUUUGCUUAUAUUGACUUAUCAAUAAACUUCGACCAAAAUGGGAGUCCCGAAGUUUUUUCGAUAUAUUAGCGAAAGGUAUCCAUGCCUUAGUGAAAAACUCAAAGAAUAUCAGAUUCCUGAGUUUGAUAACUUGUACUUGGAUAUGAAUGGAAUAAUACACAAUUGCUCUCAUCCUAAUGAUGCUGAUGUUUCAUUUCGAAUCACUGAAGAAGAUAUAUUUAAAAAUAUAUUUCACUAUAUAGAAAUACUAUUUCGCAUUAUUCAGCCUCAAAAAUUAUUUUUUAUGGCUGUUGAUGGUGUAGCUCCUCGAGCUAAAAUCAAUCAACAAAGAGGUAGACGUUUCAGAGCAGCCAAAGAUGCUGAAUUGCAAGAAAUGAAAGCCAAAGCUAAAGGUCAAGAAAUACCAAAAGCGGCAAGAUUUGAUUCUAAUUGUAUUACACCAGGAACAGAGUUCAUGGCUCAACUUAAUGAACAAUUGAAAUAUUUCGUUACUUAUAAAAUGUCAACUGAUGAAAAUUGGCAAAAGUGUAAAAUAAUUUUAAGUGGACCGGAGGUACCUGGUGAAGGUGAACAUAAGAUAAUGGACUAUAUAAGAUACAUGAAAGCUCAGCCAGAUUAUGAUGGAAAUGUUCGACAUUGUUUAUAUGGUUUAGAUGCUGAUUUAAUAAUGUUAGGUUUAUGCUCGCACGAACCCCAUUUUUCAUUGCUACGAGAAGAAGUAAAGUUCGGUAAAACUCAAAAAAAAAUAUUGACUCCAGAGGAGACAAACUUCUGUCUUUUACAUCUAUCAUUAAUGAGAGAAUACCUUGAGCAUGAAUUUUCACCAGUUGCAAGCAAGCUCAAAUUUGAAUAUGAUGUUGAAAAAAUAAUAGAUGACUGGGUUUUAAUGGGAUUUUUAGUGGGAAAUGAUUUUAUACCUCAUUUACCUAAUUUGCAUAUUGAAAAUAACGCAUUAACUAUUUUAUAUAAUGCUUACAUGGACGUGUUGCCAACCUUAGAUGGCUACAUAAAUGAAGCAGGUACUUUGAAUCUUGCAAGAUUUGAAAAAUUCAUGGAAAAAUUAGGCCAGUACGAUAUGGAACAAUUUGAUGAAAUUUAUGCUGACCUCAAAUAUUUCGAAGCUAAAACAGGUAGAAGAAUGUACGAUAAUGGGAAAGGUGAAAAAAUAAUUCCAGAAGAAACUAUGUCACCUGCAAAGACAUCCAAUCAUCCAGCUUUAGCUAAUCUGAUUUUAGCAACUGAAAAUGAGCUUGGUGAUGACGAAGACGAUGAAUCUGAAGAAUCUGAUGACACUGAUGUUGAUAUGAAGAUGGAAUUUGUAUUGCAUAAGCGUGACUAUUAUAUGAGUAAAAUGGAGUAUGAACAUGUUGAUGCUGAAACAAUGCGAUCCCAAGCAGAAGGUUACAUUAGAGCUAUUCAAUGGAAUCUUCAUUACUAUUAUAAUGGAUGUUGUAGCUGGUCAUGGUAUUACCCUCAUCACUAUGCCCCAUUCAUAUCUGAUAUUAAAAAUUUCAAAGAUUUGAAAAUAGAUUUUGACCUAGGAGAACCAUUCUUACCAUUUCAACAGUUAUUAGCUGUCCUACCAGCUGCUAGCAAAGCUUUAUUACCAAAAGCUUAUCACAAUUUAAUGACAGAAGAAAAUUCUCCUAUUAUUAAGUACUACCCAGUAGAUUUCAAAACUGAUUUAAAUGGUAAAAGGCAAGAAUGGGAGGCUGUGGUAUUGAUUCCUCUUAUUGAUGAAACAAGUUUAAUAGAAGCUAUGGAACCAUGCAAUGAAAAAUUAACUGAAGAAGAAAAAAAACGAAAUAGACAUGGUCCCAUGGCAAUAUUUACACAUUCAAAGAAAAAUUUGGGGAUUUAUAAGGCUCCUCAGUACUUUCCGGACAUUCGAAGAUAUGCUAAAAUGCAGCUUAUUCAACGAGAAGAAAUUCUUGUUCCCAUUGAAAAAUUAGUGAAGGGAUUAUGUAAAGGAGUUAAACUAAGUGUUUAUUACCCAGGAUUUCCUACUCUUCAACAUGUUCCUCACACUGCUACCUUGGCUAAAGCAAAGGUUAAAGUAUUUGAACAGCCAUCACGACGAGAAAAUAUGAUAUUGCGUGUAUUACCAAAAAAAGAAAUUCCACUUCUUAACGAUAUUGCUCAGAAGUAUCUUGGAAAAACUGUAUUUAUCGGCUGGCCACACCUUGUUGAAGCUUAUGUUGUGGGUGUUUCAACAGUAGAUCAAAAAAUAAGCAUUGUACAUCCAUCUCAGCAAAAAGGCUUACCAGAAGCCAAAUUAAAUUUUUGCAUUGAAGAGGCAAACGAUUCAUAUGUUGCAGGAUGGAAAGUACAAAGAAAACAUAUUAUUGAAAAUUACAAAAGUCGCUUGGGCAUAGAAGUCGGGGAAACAGAAGUACUUGUUCACGCAUGUCCAAUGGUUGGAAGACAAUAUGUGUACAGCUCUCAAGGAAAAAUGACUCUUGAAAAGCAAUGGAACGAAAUUUCAGUGCCAUAUGCAUAUCAAGUGGUACUCCUUGAUUUAACUGUACACAACCAAGACUUCAUUCAAUUUACUUCUAUCGUCGAUGUUUACAAACCAAAAUCUACUUGUUUCAUGCUUGGUCAUCCCCAUUAUGGGGCAAUGGGAGAAGUUACUGAACAAGGUGUAGACUUGAAAACAAGCCGAAUCAAAGUAGCCAUGCGAGCCAUACCUGAGCCGAACUUCCAAAAAGCUCGUCAACUUCAGCACGAAGCUAAACCGAAGUACAUGCCUGGAAAUAUAGCUGCUCAGCGUCUUGGUAUAAGCAGUCACUUGUUGAGCCGAAUAACGGGUUGCAUAUUUGUCGUUAGUUGUGAUGCCGCUGAACCGGGUAGAACCAAUCUGGGUUUGAAUUUAAAGUUCAAUAAGAAAAACGAAGAAGUAAUAGGUUUUACUAAGAAAGACAAUAAUGGAGCCUGGUUGUAUAGUGCAAAAACUGUUUCGUUUUUGGACGAAUACAUGGGCAAUUUUCCAGAACUAGUUGAACAAAUCGAUAAAAACUUAGUGUCAUCGGACGUUUUUCAAAAAGAAGACUUAUUUUCUCCAGGAUUAGACUAUAAUAUUGAAACAGUUGCAGCUUGGCUAAAAGAGCAACAAAAAGCAUUAGGUACUCAAACUAGAGUCUGUGGUACGGAGGAAAUUGAGGACGACGUUGUUAAGAUGAUUGAACAAGAAGUUGAAGAGCUUGAUACAAACACGAGUAGGACAGUACUCAUGCAAGUCAAACCACAUUUACUCUAUAAACCUGGACUUAAUACAGGUAGUCUUCCUCCGGAUCCCAGAGCAUAUCACAGACUGUUCGAUCGAGUGGUUUGCGUUCGAAAUAGUUUCACGGUACCUCUUGGUUACAAGGGUACAAUUAUAGGAAUACAGAAGGCAGAUACUCCUGCCGCUUACGUUUACGAGGUUUUAUUUGAUGAGCCAUUUGCUGGAGGAUUAGUUAUUCAUAAUUGCUCACCUAAUCGAGGGUAUCGAUUAGCUUGUACAGAUUUCAUAAAUAUAACUUACGGUCAGCGUGCUGAAGAUAAAAAUGCUGUUAAAUCUAACUUACCAGCUCAACAAAAUUGGCGUACUCAGCCGCAAUCUCAGCCCAAACAGUCUGCUUUAAAACAACCUCAAAUUAAACAAGUUCAACUUAAACAAAAUCAACCCAAACAAAUUCAAGUGAAACAAUCUCAAUCGCUGCAACGCAAAUUGCAAUCACCUGCUACAACGGCGACUGACUUCAAGAUGGCCCCUGAUCCAUCAAUUCUCAAUAGUAUUCAUCCAAAGUUUAGUAAAGAUGUUAAAAAUGAGAAACAGCAACAAAUACCCAAAAUAUUGCAGAGGCCACCAGAUGCCAAAAAAAAAGAAUCACAACAAAAACCAACUGUUCUGAAAAAAGAAGAUGAGAGUCAAUACCAAGCUAUAUGGAAUGAGCUUAAUAGCAUUCAGGACCAAAAACAAGUCAAUGCUGUAAAUGAGCAAAUCAUGCAAAUAAUAAAGUCAAGCCCUCAACAUAAAGUACCGGCGAAACUCCAAACGAGCGUGAAAUCGGAUGUAAAAUCUGACUCUUUAAUGAACGAAAAAUCAAGUACAGAUACUCCACAAGAUCCAAGUGCAUUCUUAAAGGCAAUGUUGAAAAUUAGUGAUGACAGUCCUAAUACAUCUACUCAUUCAUCGCAUCAAAUGGUAACAACGACAGCGUCUACAGUUUCAACAUCUCAAAACAUCAGAUCAUCUAACAUUAAUUCGAGCUCAGUACAAGAUGCGCCACCAUUAGUUCAACAAUUGUUUGAAAAAGCAAGAAAAGAUGAAUUGAACCAAGGCAAUAUCUUUUAUUCUACACGAAUAUUGUCAUACUAUCAGCUACUAGGACAGGGUUUUCCACGUUAUAUUUACCUAAAUAAGGAUAAUUUGGUAUCAGCCCAAAUAAUUUUGCCCGAUAUGCGCGUUUUUCAAGGAGAUUACGUUCGAUCGCACUCUGCAGCUGCCGAGUCAGUGGCUAAAAAAGUUUACGAGGAACUUCAAUUAGAUAAAAUCCCGUAUCCGCCAAAUAUUGCGCGAUCUUCUGCAUCGCCUAUGCCACAACCUUCACCAACUCGACAACCAUCACAACAACUUCAACAAAAAAAUUAUCAAGCUCCGCAAUGGUUCAAUAGACCACCAAUACCUGCGGCUGGAGCGAGACCCAUGCUACCUGCUGGUUUUCCCCCAGUAUCUCUUAUGCAAAUUCCCAUGCCAAAAUGGAGUCCUCAGUGUCAACAAGGUCCUGGUUUUGUUCAGAUGUCCCAUUCCAACAAUCCUCAACAGACCAGAUUUCCGCAACCACCUUUCCAACAACAAAAUAUGCAAAUACCUCCACAACAGAUGCAGCAGCAGCAACAGAGCAUGCCAAUGCCUCCACAACAUAGGCAACAGCAAAAUAUUUCAAUGCCUCUUCAACAAAUGCAGCAACAGAAUAUGCCAAUGCCUUCCCAGCAAAUGCAACAACAACAGCAGCAGCAGAUUAACAUGUCAAUGCCGCAACAGCAAAUGCAGCAGCAGAAUAUGCCAAUGCCUCCUCAACAUAGGCAGCAACAGAAUAUAUCAAUGCCUCCUCAACAAAUGCAACAACAGCAACGAAAUAUGCCUAUGCCUCCUCAACACAGGCAACAACCGAGUAUGCCGAUGCUUCCUCAGCAAAUGCUGCCGCAGCAGAAUAUGUCGAUGCCUUCGAAACAAAGGCAGCAACAAAAUAUGCCGAUGACUGCACAAAAAAUGCAGCAACAAAAUAUACCCUCUCAUCAACAAUUACAGCAAAAUCAAGUGCCCCAGAAAUUACAGCAAACCCAAAAAGUGCUGCCACAAUCACCACAGUUCCAACAGGUCCAGCAAAAUCAAAGAAAAUUAUCGCCUUCGCAAACAAACAGGAAAAAGUCAACCCCGUUUGUUCCAUUGCAAGCUCAAAAGAAGACUCGAAAACAACAUAUUUCUGAUGAAAUGAAGCCAUCAAAGGAUAAAGAUAAAAAAGAUAACAAAUCAUCUUCACCCAUGGAACAAAAGUUAAAAUCUGGUGCAAACAAGGAGGAAAAACAAGAUAAACAGUCAAGUAAUAAGUCAAAUGAGCAUGCAUCUCAAAAUAACCAAGCUCAAAAUAAUGCAUCAAAAGGUCAAAAAUCCAAUGCUCAAAGACAAAGACGAUCUCGAGUGGCAGCCAAGUUCAUGGCUGAUCCUAUGGCCAAUGGCAGUGAUCGUCAUUAAAAUCGUUGAAAAUUCAUCAAUUUUACGUAUUUUAUUCUUAUACAAAUUUGUAAAAACAUUUUAAAAAUUUUGAACGUCGGUGUUGCGAUAAUAUGGAUCCAAUAAGAGUUUGAAGACAGUAUGAUUACAACUUUUCAUGUAGUAUUUUCUUCUUUAUACCAAUUAUUUUUCAUGCUUGUGAAAAUGAUUCUAGUGUGUUAACGAAGUAACACAAAUGUGUUAGAAUUAAUAUGUAUUUCCGACGAACAUUUUUAAUUUAAGUUUUCAAAACGAAUAAAAUUAAUUUUAUUUUUGUAAAAACAAUCAACACCACAAUCAAUUUAAGGCAUAGUGUGAAUUAAUUUAAUCUUUUUAUGCAUUAAAAUGAAUAAUAAUUGUUUAUCACGUA